AACAAAAUAUUUUAAUGACGCAGCUCUUCCGCUCCGCUUGUUAAUUUUUUACCGUUUGACUGACACUUCCUCAGCGCUCAGCGACUUGCGAUUGUGUCACCGCGUGGUUUGGUGUGAUUAUUCCAGUUUUCUUCUCACGACUUAUCUUAAAAUGGCCAUCCACAUCAAAGACGCUGAUGACCUCAAGACCAGGCUGUCCGAGGCUGGCGACAAGCUAGUCGUCAUCGACUUCAUGGCGACCUGGUGCGGACCCUGCAAGAUGAUCGGGCCCAAGCUAGAGGAGCUCGCUAACGAGAUGGCCGACUCUCUGGUCGUGCUUAAGGUGGACGUAGACGAAAACGAGGAGAUCGCCGCAGAAUACAACGUCAACUCGAUGCCCACGUUCGUCUUUCUGAAGAACUCCAAGAAACUCGAGGAGUUCUCGGGAGCCAACGUCGACAAACUGAAGAACACCAUCUUGAAGCUCAAGUAGAGCGCUGGCAACGGACUGUGUACUCACCAGUGGGGUUAGACCACCUUUAACUUAAAAAGUCCUACAGUUUUUUUUAUAAAGAGUAAUAUACAAAAUUGGACAUGAAAAUGUUAAAAAAGUACAGAUUUAAUGAAUGAACUAUGUCCUAAAACACGUUUUUAUAAAAUGCGUCUAUAACCUAACCACAAAAUUAAAAUUAUGAAAAAAAAACCCCCGACCGCGACGUAGUGGACCGAUUUUCAUAAAACAUGGCUAAGAGCACUCCCGACCAACUCAGCUUUCAGACAUAAAAAACUAAAUUUAACCCGGUUCAUCCGUUCGGGAGUUACGAUGCCACAGACAGAUACACACACAAACAGACACGUCAAACUUAUAACACACCGUCGUUUUUGCGUCGGGGGUUAAAAAAAAAAUCGUCUGGUUACAUUUUUAAUCUUGAGUCUUCAAGAGGCAUACGUAUUUUUUUGAGUAGGUAAUGGAGUUCUCGCCCCGUAGCCGAAUGGCAUUUCUCCGACGCCAAACGAAAGCGAUACGCCGCUGGCUCUGUCGCGCCAAUACGCAAGCGCGAUAGAGAUAGAUAUCUACUAGCGCUUCGUUUCGUGAGCGUUUCGUGAGCGAUUGUGCCAUUCGGCUAGCCACCCUGGUUUUAUUUCAAUUAGUCAAAUUUCAAAUUUGACUGACGUAAUCGGUCGGAAACGAACGACCUACCACUUCAAGACUUAUUGUGAGAAAUGUUUCAAAAUUGAUUUGAGUCUUGAACGCCAAAAACAUCUAAAAGAUGGUGUACGCUGUCAAGGUAACCUUCACGCUUCUAAGCAAGGUUGCACCAGUGAUUUUUUUGUUCAUAACAAAACGUUCAAAUUGAGAACCAUAAUAUGCAUUUUGUAAAUCUUAUUAAAGGCAUAACAUUCCAUUUAAUGCCACUAAUAUAAACUAAAACAAUGGGCUAAAGGUCUAACCCCACAAUCGAGGUAAAUAUUAUAUGCACUAAAGGCCCCAAAGGAAUUUUAUUUAUUUUAAAAAGGUCACAAUCUCUGGUAGAUUCUGCUUUUUGGUGUGAUUUUUUGCGCAUAAUAUUUUUUUAGUUUUCACUGAUAUAUGCCGAAAGUGUCUUACGCUGCACAAGAGGGUACGAUGGUCCGUUGUGUUGCAUUUCGCGUACUUAUGUUACGUUACAAAGUAUUGUUAUUAUCAAUAAAUAAUCGUGAAGACA